ACCCAAAAGUCCAAAGCUAUCUUAUUCUCAUCACUCUGUUACAAUAAUCUCCAAACCCUAGAUUUCCGAAAGAGACUCAAUCGAAGGCGCAAAAGAGGAAGAUAAAGAUGGUUCUCUACUUCAAAGCUCGUCCUGAGGCUGGUGAUUACACUAUCUUCAUGGGCAUUGACAAAUACGAAAACGAAGAACUCAUCAGAUAUGGAUUCAUCGAAGAUAUUUGGUUUCAUGUCGAUAAAAUGUCUUCAGCCCAUGUUUAUCUCAGACUGAACAAGGGUCAGACAAUGGAUGACAUAUCUGAAGGAUUGCUUGAAGAUUGUGCGCAACUUGUUAAAGCUAAUUCUAUUCAAGGGAAUAAGGUAAAUAACGUUGAUAUUGUUUACACACCCUGGCAAAAUUUGAAGAAGACAGCUUCCAUGGAUGUUGGACAAGUUGGCUUCCACAACCCAAAAAUGGUUCGCACUAUUCGAGUGGAGAAGCGGAUAAAUGACGUUGUUAAUAGAUUGAACAAGACAAAAGUAGAGCGAAAGCCUGACCUGAAAGCUGAAGUGGAAGCAGUCGGUGCAGCAGAAAGAGCUGAAAGAAAGCAGCAUCUGAGAGAAAAAAAACGACGAGAGGAUCUAGAUAGACUUGAGAAAGAGAAACAAGCGGAUUUAAGGAGCUACAAGAAUUUGAUGGUAGCGGAAAAGAUGACAUCUAACAAGGAUGUAGCAGCAGGAGGAAGCAAGUCCUUGCAAGAAUUGGAGGAUGAUUUCAUGUGAAAAUAUAUUAAACAAGAAUUGAGUGUGUGUAUUGCUUUUGCUUGCCAAUUGUAUGUUUAGUCAAUUUCCCUUACUCUCUUAUUAGAGUAUUCUUACACUUUGAUGGACAAUAUUCAGAUUGUCAAAGGUGGAAUCUUGUUUCCUACUACAUUUUUACUUUUUACUUUCAAAGAAAGAUAUUAUUUUCUUUCUUAA